GGAUACUUAAGUUAGAACCUUCGCUUCAAGAAAGUCCAAACCAUCGCUUAGUAUUGCUGCAAAAUUAAUGCAACUUUAGCGUAGCCUAUAGUAGUUGUUUGGUUUUUUGUUUGAAUAUUGUAAGAAGCUGCGAGUUGCUGCCGGAAAUACUCGGCCGUGCCGCAUAUAAUUUCGACGCGUGCGGACGUGUGAGCUCUGCAACACCGUAGCUUCUCAUUCUUACUCUCCCGACAAUACUGGAAACCAAACGUAACAGUAUUUCGAACCCGAUUUUCACCCCAUAUACCGCUGUCUGCGCCUACUGCCGAGCAUGCGAUCCUACACCGUCGCGGAAGAGGCUGCAGCGCGAGGAAGGAGGAAGGAACAGGAACGCCUGGACAAUUCCUGGACUGCGCGCUGGGCCCACAACACCAAACGCUUCCUAAACAUGACAGCCCAACUCGCGAAUGAGAUCCGUGAUGAGCGGAAGAUAAGGAUGGUAAACAAAAGAGUUGCACAGGAAGCGGAGAAAUUGCGAAAAUACAAACCCAUGAAGUUGCGCGCUCGCAAACGUUGCGCUCAGGAGAAAUGCGCCCUACUCAAUCUGCCAACUGAGAUACGGAUCAUGAUCUGGGAGUAUGUCAUGGCUGGGAAGUUCAUCGUACUCUAUCGAAAGUGGGGCGAUGUUACAUCCAUCUUCGUGGACAGGCAUGAUGCAAUGGGUGUUAACAACCCCACUGCCUCUAUCAUGUUGAGCCUAGCGAUGCCUAAAUCGAAAUCAGGUGUCGUUUCCUUACUCCAAACGUGCCAGACCACAUAUCUGGAAACGAUUAUGAUGCUUUAUCAAGACAAUACCUUUAUCUGUCUCGAUAAUACCGUCCUUGUUGAACUGUGUAGGGAACGAACUCUGUUCAACAUGUCUGCCAUCCGCUCUUUGCACUAUUCCGUCGGUAUCCAAAAGUUUUUGUCGAUGCAGACGUCGUUGUCAGAGCGCGAGAUGAUCCCGUCUCCUACUCACGCCGAGAAAUCAGGGAGUGUCAGCAAGGUCUUUCAUGGAAGUUUUCCGAAACUCCAAAAUCUCUCAAUAUCUUUCUACGGUCCCCUCCGCAACGGCGAGGACUACACCAAAAUGCUGGCGCACUUGAAGAGCAUCUAUCGGCAGCGGAUCUCGAUAACGAUGAACGCGUUGGACAUGCCCGAAGGCUAUUUAUACAGCGACCGACUGGUUUACAACAUGCACCGUACGACUAUCGUUCGGAUACUGGAAGGCUCCAGACGUCCUGCGUAUAGUGUCGUGUAUCCGCCUCAGGCCGAAUUUAAUGACCCCUCAGUCGAGAACUUUACUUGGAGGGCUAAGACGCUAUGGCUACGGCCUCAUGACGAGGCAGAGGCUGCAAAGAGACUGGUGUACGUAGUACUCAGACCCGAGGAUGAAUCAAGGAGGAGCGUAGGGGAUCCUGAACCGCCAAUACUCUGGGAAGUUAUUCCCGCCAACUUCCACUUCCUGUUUUGGGCUCGCAUACACGUUGAAGGAGAAUUCGACUGCCGAGUGGAGUCGGAUACAUCGGCACUCUCCAUCACCCGACGAUCUGUACCCAGCAAGGCGACGUCAAUGCAGAUAUGACGAAGGCUCCUGCCUGGUCAGGAAGCCCAAUGAUGCGCAUCACGCGUGUUUCGUUUCGAGAUGGCUGAGGCUUCAAGGCUGAGGCAGCCGACGUUCCCGAUGCUUUCCAGGUAACCGGUCCUUUUGCGCGUGAAGUUAUGUGGGAACUUGCCGGCAAGGCCGAACGCCCUUUGGGAAGCUUUGCAUGCAUGCCUCGGACAGGGAGUGUGGCAUAACACGCCGAAGAGCAUGAUGAUACGCUUUUGUUGCAGCCGCCUGUGCUACAAAGCCACAGGUGGUGCGAGAAGCCUCUCUAGAAGUCAAUUUCGCAGUGGGGCCGUUGUCUACAUGGCGAAGUAGAGGCGGCCAAAGCGGUGAUAGGGUCUUCGUUAGAUGGGAUUGCAAUUUACCCCACGGCGAUUGCGGCGCAUGAUGAGAGGAACAGGCUAGCGGGCUGCUAUCUUGGGCAAGGUGAAGCAUGGGGC